ACUUACGAGCAGUACAUAAAAGGAGGAAGGUGCAGUCACUGAUUGCAAAAGUGCAGUCAGUCGCAAGCAUGAAGGCAGUAAUUCUUCUUGUCAUUCUCUCGCUUGGUCUUGCAAGCGGAGAAACAUCAUGGUGUACCUGUGCGCCGUUUGUUUCCUUUGAACACACAGAAAUAAUGGUUUACAAUUCCUAUGAGACAACGUUAGAUGAUUGCGGAAACAAAAGAAAAUGCAAUCAAGAUUGCAAUGAGUAUUUCGGAGCCAACACAAACGACGGCGACCUUUGGCACUUCGUUAACGGUGCCACAGUGGGUCAGCAUUUAUGCAGUUACGUCUUCCAGAAUGACCUUAUGCCUGUCCUUAUGCACAAGAUGGUCUACGGUUACUACCAGGUAUGUGGCGGAGCCUGGCAAUAUACAGAGUUAUCUUCAAAUGAGGCUCUCUGCUGUGAACUGGGCAACCAAAAGCAUUGUACGGAGCUGUGAUUUGACUCCGCGUAGCAAUAAAGACAGAGAAAAUA